CGUUUUGAGCACUACACUGAUGGACUCUAAAGACAGUGAUGCAGUUCAAAUUAUAGAUUUGCAAGGCAAUUUUUUAGAUGACAUAUCGGACAGCCUAAAUAAAUGGAAUUUGACCGAAAAAGGAAAUGACUAUCAUAUUGUUGCGAUAUUAGGCGCGCAGAGCUCCGGAAAAAGUACUUUGCUGAAUGAGUUAUUUGGAACAAAUUUCGAUGUGAUGAACGCACGAUCUGGUCGAUAUCAGACGACUCGUGGAGUAUGGUUGAGUUGCUGCGAGUUAGACGAGAGUCUGCUAUUGGUUAUGGACGUUGAAGGGACAGAUUCUCGUGAACGGGGUGAAAAUCACGGUACAUUCGAACGUCAAACGUCGCUACUGUCAUUGGCAUUGGCCGACGUGUUGAUCAUAAACAUGUGGAUGACUGAUAUUGGUCGUCACGAGGGUGCGAAUUACACACUACUCAGAGUCAUCUUCGAGAUGAACUUGCAACUGUUUCAAGUUUCUCCUCAUCAAAAGUCGAAAUUGGUGUUUAUUUUCCGUGAUUGCGUUCAAUCUGAAACAGGAACACCGUUAGAAUCCCUCAAGAAUAUGGUGCGAGAGGAUUUAGAGAAUAUUUGGAACGAAAUCACCAAAACCGACGCAUCUUCCAAUUGGGCUGUGACCGAUAUAUUCAAUUUGGACUUUCUAUCUUUGCCUUCGUUGCCUUAUGAGAAGGAAAAUUUUAAGAAUCAGGUUUCUGAGUUACGCGCUCGUUUUACUAGCUCGACUGUUCCGGGCUCUCUGUUAUCGGAAAAACGCCAGAAAAAUGUGCCCAUAGACGGAUUGGUGCAAUACAUGCAAGAGAUAUGGAAGAUCAUUCAGAGCAAUCAAGAUUUGAAUCUUCCUUCUCAACGUGAAAUGUUGGCGACGGUGCGCUGCACGCAAAUUUCCCAGCAAGCCUUUGAAGAGUUCGAGUGCAAGCUGCACGAUUGGUCUUCAAUUUCUCGUCAAGUAACUCGAGAAGAAUGUGUACGAAACCUGUAUGAGUUAGUGAAGGACUCUCUGCAAACUUAUGACAAAGACGCUCAGAGAUACGACGAGAAAGUGAGCCAUAAUUUGCGCAUGAAGCUACUGAAACAAAUGCAACUAGAAGUCAGCGAGGAGUGGAAUCAGUACAUCACCUGGACGAUUGAUUUGCUUGUAAACCGAGUGAACACGGAGCUGAGCUCGCUCGAAGCCGAUCUGGAUAAUUUAGAUGCAUUUUAUCCUAAGGUCGCCGAGUGCUACAAGAAAAACUUAAAAGACGCUGUCAACUGCGUCAACCAAGGACGUGUUCCUGAAUUUGAACCUCUGGGCGAGUGGGGAAAAGAGCCGUUAAAAACUGAGAUUUCUGCCAAACUUUACGGAUUGUGCGUACAACGGUGUGCACAGAUUUUUGACAGCUGCGUUAAGCAAAUCCAUUCUUCAUUAUUUUCGACACUUUCUUCGUGGCUGAGUUGCGAUUUGGUGUCUUUUGAGUAUGACGGUACGUUAGAUAGUAGCGUGGACACGCAAAGCGCCGUUUCCGAAAGUUGGGAUCAUAUCCGUGAGUUUUUCGAGUCAAGUUGGAAGCAAUCCGACGCCCUUCUCGACCGUCGAGCUUCCCAACUGAAGCUCUCGUCUGAUCGGCUACCCGAUGAGUUUAGGGAUGUGGCGACCAAGGCCCUUUUCAUUCUGGGGGAGAAGACCUAUAGGGACACAAUGGAGUUGAUCCAGCAAAGGCACGAGCAGUUUAGAAGAGAUUCGGUCGAGUCACUGUUCAAGUGCGUUAGGAGCAAGGCUGAGGUGAUUAAUUGGUCGAUGGAGAAGCGGUUUGCUAGGCAUUUUACGUUGGAUCAGCAGGGAGUUCCACGUUAUUUUUACGGCAAUUCGCUCAAAAAGUGUUAUCAGGUUGGGUGUAAGCAUGCGCAAUUUGCCUUGGAUGUGGUGUCUGUCUUUCGGUUUGAACCGAAGUUUGUGUCGUAUUCUUACUUCAUGCCGGGCCAGCAUGCCCUCAGAAUUAAGAACGACUUCCAGGCAGUUCCGGACGACUUGGCCGUGCUUUCGCGCGAUUUGGUCGUUCAAUCUUGCGAGCGCUUUCUGACUUACGCUCAGAAUGCCUACAUGCAUGCGUCGGCGGAGCAGGAGAGGUCGCAGAGGAAAAACUACACAUUGGUUGUGGUGAUUGUCAUGUUUUUGAUCUUUGGAUGGAACGAGACGUCUUACGUCUUGGCUAGGCCGUGGUUGUUGUUAUUGGUUCUGCUGGGCGGUUCUGCGGGCUUGUUUAUCUAUUACUUUCGAUUGACACCGCUCAUCCUUCCGGCUGGCAUGCAUGUCCUGAGGUCGGCACUGAGGGUGGAAGAGGCGCAUCAGGUUGAUGAGAAGCCGGACGCGGCGAUGGGUCGGGUCCGUUCGUCAGUUCCGAACAAGAAGCUCGAUUAGGCGUGAUUGCACCUGCUUUUCGGGGUGCGUGUGACAGGCCAAGAAUAUAGGGCGACUUUUUUUUUAUCA